UGGCCAAUAGUAAACAAUUCAGUGUUUGCCGAGGCCUCGUGGCAGUCGGAAAGUGAUUUCUAAGUACCCGGACCGUACAAUUAUUAGUACACAUUAGAUUUAUGAUACUGUAUAUGUAUUUUAUUUUUAACAUCUUGAGUUUCGAUAAUAUUUUAUUUAUCAAUAUUCUUCGAAAGCUUUGAGUCGCUGUAUUGAAAGUAUUACAUUCGUUGUUCAAUUUCAUUAUAGUGACGGACCACAUAAACCUGAAACAUUAUUAUUACAUAUACAUCGACAACGGUACUGGCUUGCAUGCAACGUGACUCUAUGACUACUGUACAAGCUACUUCGAUAACGGGUUGGAAACCAUCUACAGUAGAUGUGGUUGCUAGCUGUAGGUUAACGAGUAGCAUUACUACCUCCACAGAUGCAAUCAGUAGACAUGCGACAGUGUCAGUGGACGCGACUCCAUCGGCGUCGCCUGAGAGGCCAUCAACUGCUGCUUCUGCCGCUGUGGUCGGCGACAUUCAGCAGCAGCAAUGUACCUCAGCGGUAACCGCAAGCGAUCACCACCUGUGCGAUCUGCAGAAACCGACUCCUGGAACCACUGCGACUAAUAACAGCCCUCGAGAUUCACAAGGGGUAACAUGCAUCAAGACUGAAUCUACGAUAACGACAGUGGUGACGACCUCCCCGCGACCAAUAUGCCCGAACUUGCCCUAUUCGCCCGCGUGUUCACCGCGGUUCGCCAGACGCCGUCCGCCAUUGCGCGAAUGCCGCGUGUCCGUCAACGUGCAGAGCUUGGACGAUCCAAAUGCUCAUCAAAAGCUCAAUCAGUACAAACUCAUUGAUUCUAUUGGACAGGGAUCAUAUGGACUUGUAAAAUUGGCGUAUAACGAACUAGAUGACAAACACUAUGCUAUGAAAAUAUUAUCUAAGAAAAAGUUAAUGAAAAAGUCUGGCUGUUUUGGUAGACUUAACGCCAGACGUAAAGGGGCCAAUCCAUUAGACAAAGUAUACAGGGAAAUAGCUUUGUUGAAAAAACUUGAUCAUCCGAACGUAGUGAAACUAGUAGAAGUUUUAGAAGAUCCAGAUGAAGAUCAUCUUUAUUUGGUUUUUGAAUUAUUAGAGCGUGGAGAAGUGAUGCAAGUUCCUGGUGAUCCUCCAAUGUCUGAAUCGAAAGCCAGGUCAUAUUUCAGGGAUAUUUUAUUGGGCCUAGAAUAUUUACAUUUUCAGCGGAUCGUUCACAGGGACAUAAAACCGUCGAACUUAUUGAUUGACGCAAACGGGCGUGUGAAAAUCGCCGACCUAGGCGUUUGCAACGAGUUCGAUGGAAGUGAUGACUUGUUGAGUUCAAGUGCGGGUACCCCGGCGUUUACGGCUCCUGAAGUGCUGGAUCCGUCGACGAAAACGUACAGUGGUCGAGCGCUUGACGUGUGGGCACUGGGUUGCACGUUGUAUGCAUUCGUCUACGGUCGGUUGCCGUACACCGCUGAUACGGUGCUGGCGGUGCACGAGCAGAUUCGUACGCAACCGGUGCAGUGGCCGGUCGAACCAGAAACGUCUCCACAGCUGGUGCACCUGUUGCACCGUCUUCUGGACAAGGACCCAGAUACUAGGAUUACGUUACCGGCCGUCAAACGGCACGACUGGGUGACCAAGGCAGGGGCCGAGGUGCUGCCCACUGAGCAGGAUAACUUCUGUCGGGAGCCAGUUGAAGUUAGCGAGGAGGAAAUUAUGAAUGUCGUCAAGUCCGUACCCAAGCUUAACACCCUGAUACUGAUUAAAGCUAUGCUGAAAAAUCAUUCAUUCCUUAACCCUUUUUCAGUAGACGAAUCGAAACGAAAACUUCAGUCAUCCAACCGUUCACACUCGGCACCUGGAGCGUGCUCUUGGUUUGGGUCAAGAUCCUUAUCCACGGAGACAACCAAUCUACAGUCUGUCAAAGAACAUACCGUAAAAGAAAAGUGAAAAAGUGAUUACCUACUAUGUUAUUUUUAUAUUUUAAUUCUUUUUACUUAAAUUAUUUAAUAUUAAAAAUUUGACCAAAAAAAAAAUAUAUAUAUAAUAAUAAUACUGUUAUAUACUUAUAUUUAUGAUCUAUAUUGUGGUAAGACGUUUGAUCAAUCAUUUCAAUUUUGAACAGUGUAUUACAGUGUGAUUUACUUAUCUUAUAUAAUACAAAUUUAACUAUUAGUCUAUAUUACUUUGUCCAAAAAAUAUAUUAUAUGCUAUUAUUAUUUUUGUAUUGGUUUUGUUUAUAAAUUUAAUAUUGUAUAUGUA